AUGAUCCGUUUUGACUUUGAAGAUGAGUAUGGAUUUCACGUCUUGUCUGAUCAGGAGGCCACGCUCUGUGGUUACACCGUCCUGAUCAAUGAUGUAGGAGAUCUGGUGUUUCGUGCCUCCUUCCUGGCCUGUCACGUCCACAGCGAGAGAGACACAGAGUAUGACCUGCGUCUUUGGUUUGUGAACCUGCAGGCAGAUGGGAAGGUGGCAGUGUAUCCUUUCCAGCUGCAUUGUUCACUCCAGGGACAUUGGAGCACCAGAGAGAUCGUCUGUGAGGAAAACUACAUGGAGGUGUCCGUGCAGCAGCCUGUCCUGCCCAUUACACCCAAACAUGAGAGGAUGGAUGCUGAUGAGGCAGCGAUGGCUGUGAUGUUUCACAGUGACGACGAUUUGCCAGAGGAAGCGAGGGUGUUGUCCCUGAAUGAAGCUGCUGCUCUGGGCUACCACAUCUCACUACGUGGCUCUCACCUCACCUUCCGCUGCCCCUACUCCUCCCCUCUGUCAUACUUAGUCAAGGAGAGUGAAGUGGAUUUAGAGAUUGUCAGAGCAACCAUCCUGCACCGACUCCUCGCUGUUGACAUCACUGCUGCCUGCACUCUGAAUGAGGCUACAGCUGAUGGGUCUGUCCUACUGUGGACUGUCCCUUAUAUUCUGUCUCCGUUAGUCCACGGUCAGUUCAGGGACAGAGGUGUGAGGAUUGGAGUGAAUGGACAGGCUCUGAGUGAGUCUGAAAGUAAAGAGAGGGGAUACAAGAUCAGCCUGCAGGAGGAAAGAGUGGAGGUCAGGGUUCCUUUUGGAGCCCGUGGUGGACACAUUAAGAGUGGUGUUGUGAGGGGACAGUACAGCCAGUCCAUGUCUGUGGAUCUGUUCUUCAUGAGUCAGUGGGAGGACGAGCGCUGGCCUCUCGCACAGCAUCGCUCCUUCAGGCUCCUUCAGACUCCUCUCAUCCCACAAAUCCCAGUCCUCGCCAACAACACAGUCCCAUCUGAGGGAUUGUUCUUUGUCACUUUUGGCCUUUUUGCACCGGAUGUGUCUCUCAGGAGGGUGACAGUCGAUGGAGGUGGUGACCCGUUAACUUGGACCCAGAGUGACUCAGACGACCUCGGUGUGUUUAGGCUCUCCCACUCCACCGGGAGCCACUCAUACCAGCUUCGUUUCCCGUUGUCACAUCCAAAAAUUAUUCCACAGUAUAUAGGCGGUGGCUAUAAGACAUACAGCCUCUCUUUCACCUUCACUCUUAACAUCUCACCCAGUGGAGAGGUGUUUUACCAUCAUGCCACUAUAGAGCAGCGUGUUGAAUACACAGCUCCGAGUUCACCAAAGCUGGAGGGGAAGUGCACAGAGAGCAGCCUGUUGGUGCUGCUGCACCACGGGGCCCAGGCCAAGCUGCAGUGGGAGCUGUUCCUCGGUGCUCACAAGCUGGACUGGGACCUGGUGGAGAUGGGCAGGUUUGUGGUGGAGGCGGAGGAGGACUACUUGACUGUGGAAAUACCCCUCGACAGUCCUGGGAUGAACCAUGUGGAGCUGACAUUGCAGGGUCUUGUCUCUGGAGUGGAAGUGUCUGUUGUGGACGCAGAGACUUUGAAAGUGGAAGACAGUCUCAUUCACAAAUGCACCUUUCCUGUUAGAGAACUGCUCGUAUGUUUGCCAGAAGGGAAGAUGUUGGCAGUAGUCGAUACCACCCACACCAUCCCGCCCACUCACCCCAACCGAACCACGCUAUUGGACCCCAGUUGUGUUCCCAUGGAAACAGACAGUGCCAGAGCCCUGUUCAGCUUCAGCCUGGACUCCUGUGGGACAACUGUCACUACAGAGGGGAAUUUCCUUGUUUAUGAAAACCAGAUCAGUUACAACCAAGAUUUUCUGCCUUUAGAUGCUCCACUCAUACACAGAGAUUCUCCGUACAGGCUGACAAUUCAGUGUCGCUACCCAGCAAACGAGAGCAGUACUCUCGCCACCCACCAACCUUUGAACUCCUCUCUGGAUACUCCACCUAUGCCAGUCAAAAACAUUCGCAGGGAGGCUGCAAACACAGUCCAUCAGACCAAAGAGAAUUAAGAUGGAAUUUGGAGUGACAGCAAAACGUUCAUCUAGUGUGGAUCACAUGGAUGUUUGUCUCCGUUCUGCUCCUACUGAUGCUCUACACGUGUUCCCGCACACUUGAC